CAGGCCAGCGGUGCCUCCGACUUUGUUUUCUUUUUCUCAUUUCUGCACAGGAAAACAAUCCAAAGCACCAUGAAUAAACUGCUGGUAGUUACUGUGUUGGUUGCACUUCUUGCUAUCAAUGCCGAAAGCUUUCGUUUGAGAAGGCAAGUGGAGGAGGAGGAGGGAACGCUGAACAAGAUCUCAGGCACUGUCAAGUCCUACUACAACAGCGCUGUGGACACCGUCAAUGGAUACGUGGACACAAUCAAAGGCCUGAAACUCCAGGAGAAAGCACAGAAUCUUUACACCGAAACCACUACAGUUGUGAGCACCUAUGCCGGCAUAUUCCAAGACCAGCUUUACCAUUUUUUUCACCAGUAGGACAAAAAAAAUACAAAUACAUCGCACUGCUCAUCCUGCACAUGAAAGUGUCUACACAUCAUUCGACACCUUAAUGUUUGGUUCUCAUCACCAAAUGGAGCCUCACAACUGAAAUAGUUAUAAAAAGCGCAUUUGCUUUUUAUAGUGCUUUUUAAACCACUGAACUGAUGACAACACAUAUUGGAGACAUCCUGACUUCACAACCUGCCUAGAGGAAAUGGAUGGCCAAAUGUGGUGAGCACAUGGGGCACUCAAUAUCCUGCAGAUAAUCUCAUGUCCACCUAGUUGUGUUGCAUUCCCUCUUAAUUUACUUAAAUCAGCCAUUUCACCCCUUGAUGAGUGUAAUGUUUGUGUCAUAUCGUGAAAUAAAGUAUUUAUACAAAAAAGGCAUUUGCAAUU